AAAUCACAUUAUGGGAUUGCUGGACAGACUUUCGGGUUUACUUGGCCUGAAGAAGAAAGAGGUUCAUGUGUUAUGCCUUGGACUGGAUAAUAGUGGCAAAACAACAAUCAUUAACAAACUUAAACCUUCAAAUGCUCAGUGUCAGGAUAUAGUUCCAACCAUAGGAUUCAGCAUAGAGAAAUUCAAGUCCUCCAGUUUGUCUUUUACAGUGUUUGACAUGUCAGGGCAAGGAAGAUACAGGAAUCUCUGGGAACACUAUUAUAAAGAUGGACAAGCCAUUAUUUUUGUCAUUGAUAGUAGUGAUAAAUUAAGAAUGGUUGUGGCCAAAGAAGAACUUGAUACCCUUCUAAAUCACCCAGAUAUUAAGCACCGCCGGAUUCCAAUCUUGUUCUUUGCGAACAAAAUGGAUCUUAGAGAUGCAGUGACAUCUGUGAAAGUGUCUCAGCUGCUCUGCUUGGAGAACAUCAAAGACAAGCCGUGGCAUAUUUGUGCUAGCGAUGCCAUCAGAGGAGAAGGCCUGCAGGAAGGUGUGGACUGGCUUCAAGGUACCUCGCACGCCAUAUCAGAUCCAAGCUGUGAAGACAUGAAAAGAUAGUCUCUGGAAACCUCAGCAAUUUUCAAUUAAAGGUGUCUAUGUAAGGCAUACUGAAUAAUCUCAAAUUUAUUUUAAAAGAUUUAUGCAACCAAGAAUAUUUUACAAUGUUCUGCUUGCUUUUGUGGACUCUGGAAGAAGUUUUUAAGAAUUUAGGACCUGAACAUUGUUAAUCUGACCAUUAACCAUAUGAAAACUAACAUUACCUCUGCGCCUUAGUUACCUGCUUCUUGUAAAGGUCUACAUGUUGCUGUAAUUAGAAUGUGUAAAUAAGUUAUAAGCCAUCUCAAUAUCCUAUCAUGAUUUAUGAUAUCUUUAAUGUAUUUUUAAUUAUCUUCUAGAAGUUUAGUUUAUAGUAUGACUUUGAAGUUCGAAUUGUGUUAGAGAGACAGCUUUAAAGUAUUAUAAGGGAUAACAGGUAAUUGGGAUAUGUGUAAUUUUUAUUGUGUCACUAUCAAUAAAAAAAUGAAAUAUA